AUGGUGAUGCAACGUGCCGUCCGAGAAGCGCGGGCGAGGAUCGAACAGAACCGAUUCGGGGAGAGUGAAGCUCUGGAACAGAAGGUGAAAUCUAUGACACGACAUUUCCUUAAGACUGCGGAGAAGGAGCCGAAGCUCAAGUCGAGGCCAUCAUGGGGUAAUGUCAUGAAGAAGACUAGCGACCCGGUGUUCAUGGCGCCAGGAUGGAUCAAGGAGAGCGUUGUGAUCGAGUCCAUGGCAGCGCGGAUCUUCUCGCUGCAGACACGUUUGGAGAACGAGCAGAGGAAAUCAGAGCGGCUGAUGAAUUUACAAACCAUGGUGGGCGACCCAAAAGAGCACUCUUUCAAGCCGAAGAAGCAAUCCGUUGCGAGCUAUGCAAGCGAUAGGAGGAAUGCCUUCAACACGUCACAAGCCUUCUUUCAAGCUUGGAAGACCGUCUGCCUGCAGAGUAAACUGAAGAGCAAGGAGGAUCAGAUCGGGGAGGCGUCAAGGCGGGCAAAGAAGUUCGAAGAAGAUUGUUACUGGUUUGACUUCACCGACAAGUGGGCCAACAAGAUUGACUCGAUCCUGAGGACACAGCGAGGAGGCGAGCAGGAGCUGAUGAUGUUCGACGAGGGGGGGGAGAGGACGAGAGGACGAGAGCAGUACAUGUGGUCGUGGCUGAAAGAAGCUCCUGUCCUCUCGCUGCCUAUCAAGCUUCCGGACAGCAUCGUUGUAAGGACUGCGAACCCAACUCACGAAUUCUGCCGGGUAAGGACGAUGCUGAUCUAUCUGCAAUCGGAGGGGUUCACGUUUGUGGUUCGGGCAGACAGUCACUCCGUCAUUCUUACAGAGCUCAAGUUGGCCUCCUCCUCCUCCUCCUCCUUCUCCUUCUCUGCAUCCCAGCGUUCCAAGAUUAUGAUCAAGGCGUCCAAGGUUUCUCCGGCGGACAAUUCAACCCCUUCCUCCCUGUCAUCUUUCUCUCCCUUGAGCAUAGACGCUAGCAGCUGCCUGCCAGCGUUCAACCUCCUUGACGACGAGCCCAGUUACGGCUCCAUCCUUAUCAGACAAGGCGUCAAGAUCCCUGCUCGCUCGCAGAGGACGAUAUUCGUUGGAUCGAGCUCCGGUUGUUUUGCUGUUCGUGGGAACAAGAAACCAUGGGAGGUGGUGGACAGAGACGCGAAGGGAUUUGUCGACAUUCUCCCGGGCAAGGCAAUAGAUGUCGAUGAAUCGAAGGCGAUCAAGCUGGGUAUGAGAGAGAAAGUCGUAUGUUUCUGCGGGGAGCUUGUCUUCAAGUUCGACGUGUCGUCAUGA